GACAGAUCACGUCUGCAUACUGUCGAGAUCGUUGUUUUAUUGAAGGCAAAGACACUGACAAUGUGUACAAAACACUUGCCGUGGUGUUUCCUGCUGGCAGUGGCUGUCUUCUGUGCUGGAAGUCAGUCAUGUGACUCCAAGGACAAAUCUGAUUGGAGCGCCUGCACCGCUUCUUGUGGUGGCGGACUGCAAACUAGAAGAUGUAGUGACACCAGCAUCGUCGCGCGGGCGUGUAAUCCUCAGUCUUGUGCAAACUCUUGGAAUAACAUAGUUAAAGUACCACCACCUCGCGGCUUCUGGCCGCUUCAGAGCUCCACUAGGGGGCGGGAUUGUAGUCUCCAUGGCAACCACGCUCACGUUCACGGUGUAUCAUUUCAUCGUGAAAGCUACGAUGGCGCCUACAGUUCUGCAAAAUUUGCGGGAACGGCCAUGUCCUAUCUGACAAUUCCGAAUGAAGGUGCCAAAUUAGAGACUCGCUCGUUUACGUACGUCGCCUUUGUGAGAAUCUUCGCUGAUGACACCAAUAAUGCGGGUCCACUGUUUAAUUUCCAAAUUGAAGAAAAUGACGCUUUCAGUAAAUACGGCACCCACAUUUCGCUUAAUGGUUCUAAUAGACUUUUUGUUCGUUUGAUGAUCGCGCAGCCGUAUAAGUUCCUCGGCAACUUUGCACUCCCGGCAUUCUCAGCAUCCACCUGGGUUCACGCUGCCGUUUCCUAUGACUAUACCACCGGGCUGUACCAUAUUUACAAGAACGGCGUUGAAUUGGGGGAGUCAUAUGUGGGCCGAUACAUCCACAAUACAAGCGGUCCAGUUCGAAUUGGCGCGCGCCACGCUUCGUCUGGCGAUGCCCGCUACUUCAAGGGAGCCAUGAAGUGUGUACAGUGGUUUGGGGAGGUACUCACCGCAAAGCAGAUUCAGGAGACCAUGCACGCUUGCGAUAACCCCGUGCCCUGCAGCUAUUAAUUCAAGGAAGUGGACUUUAGACUGAAAUAUUAUCUAAAUUAUUUUAAGACCAAAUUCUCAAUAUUGUCCCAGAAUAAAGGAACAGCAGUCUAUGAAGAAUCUGAUUAGAUUUAUCGCUUGCUUUUUUAUUUGAGAUUUUCAAUUUAUUUCAGAAAAGUUGCAUUUGGUGAAAAACAUUCGAAAGGAUUCUCUUCAUGGAGAAAUUGGUAUUAUAUUUAGAGUGACCAUUUUCUGAUUCAUUAUUGAUCAUUUAAAGUCUUUUCUUUUGGAAAUAUCUGUGAAUCUAGCUUACUGAAUAACUGAAUAAA